AUUCCGGUCGGUUGUCGGGUAGAUCGUGUCGCUCCCUAAUCCAACCACCACCACCACCAGUACCGCCACCUCCGAAUUUGUAACGAUUUUAACCUGUGUGCAUUUUAAUUUGUUCCACCCGUACGUGUUUCCGUGUGCUCUGUUCCGGUGUGUCGUGUUGAUAACUCCGUGAAAUGCAAAUGAUCUGAUCGAUGAGCAGCAGCUAUAAGCCCCGAGGCAGCGACGAGGCCCUUGCCGAGCAGCUUAGUUUAGCCCGGAACCGCACCGGAACCGGAAGUGGCGCCCAGGUACCGGUCACGCCCAUCUAUCGUCACAUAUCCGGCGCCAUGGCGACCCUGCCACGCCACGAUAACAACCAUCAGAGUCACAACACAGAUAACUCUACUCGCCUGCGCACCGAUUCCACGGCCACAUCGAGGACCUGCGUCUACAUAGGCGGAGAGCCAACAGGAGGAGGUGGAACAGGCAACGGUCACAUCUCUGUGACCUUGGAUCGCCGUCAGCCGCAGCGGAUGUCCUGGCUAAAUAUGCGACGAGCCAAAGCCAAUGAGGCGGACCCACCCGCCGUCACACCAUCUCCGCAGACGACCCGCAGUUGCAUCUCCACAGUUUCCAGUGUUGUGGACAGUGGCGGCGGACGCACCACUGCCACCUCUGGCAGGAUUAGCUCCAGCGGCAUUGUCACUCUCAGCGGGAGUAAUAACACACUAUCAGAGAUCCAGGGGGGCUACCACGAUCUGGAACACGAUGCGGUGUCCAAGAACUACUCUGUGUCGGCCUCCGUCCACAACAUCACCACGGCCAGCAAUGCCAAGCUGCUGCCCGCCGUGGAGGAUGAGUCCAACCAACAGACGAAAUGCUCUGUGUUCCGUGGGCUUGUGCUCUGCCUGUGUUUGAACCUGAGCUAUGCAAAUGUGGUCCGCUUCCCACGUGAACUGGAUCGCUACGGAUCGGCGUACCUUGUGCCCUACGUGGUGUUGCUGUUUCUAGUCGGCCUGCCCAUGAUCCUGCUGGAGAUAUCCGUGGGCCAGUUCCUGGGCCAGGGAGCGGCGCACACCUGGCGUGCCUCGCCCAUCUUCAAGGGAGCCUGCAUUGUCAGUCGCUUUGCCUCGUGGCUCUCAGCCAUCUGGGUGUCCUUGCAGGCCGUGCUGGCACUGGCCUACAUCGGGAUGUUCGCCUCCAAUGACCUGCCAUUCCGGGAAUGCGCCGGACCAGUGAAGCUGCGAAUGAGUGGCUACCUUCUGAUGGGCAUCAGUGGCCAGGAGUGCCUGCAGCAGACCUUCCUCACGCCCUUCUGGCGUAACCCUUUGUACUUUGGCCUACUGGCAGCGGGCCUAAUAGGUCUCUGGAUAGUGGUAAUGCUGUGCACCCACAAUGCCAAGAUCCUGAGGCGAAGCAUCUUCGUCUACGGGUUGAGUGGCCUGCUCCUGCUGUGUACCCUCACUGGCUGGGAGGUGCGCAAUUCCUUCAGCCGUCACUAUUUCCCGGAGCUGUGGGGCUUCGAUGUCAGCCUGCUGGCCGAGAGCAACAUCUGGUUCAACGCGUUGAUGCAGGUGCUCUUCUCGGUGAACUGCGGCUUUGGGGCACUUCCCAUGGUAACGGGCAAGUUCCUGUACAAGGGUGAUGCUGUGAGGACCUCGGUGGUGUAUCUCUGCUUCAACCUGCUGAUCAAUGCCAUCGCCGUGACCCUGUUCAUGGUGCAGUUCGAUCUGUCAGCGAAUGGUUACCAGAACAUGGAGGAGCUAAAGCCCCUGACGGCCAUCUACGACCGGGUGCUCAAUGGCUCCAAGGAGGGCGACAGUCAACUGCUGCAGCAUCUGGUACCCUCGCUGAUCUAUGUCCUGGUUAUCCUCGCUGCCAUGGUAUCCAUCACUGUGGCGGUGUAUACCUCGACGCGGCUUGUGCCAAGACGCCCCAACUACGUGAUCUGCCUGAUUGGACUCGUGGUGGCAGUGAUGUCCUUUGCGGCGCCCAAGUUCCUCAUUGCCCGCGUCCUGGACUCGCGACUGGUUGGCACCAUGGUGGUGACGGCCCUGGUGUUUGAGCUGAUUGCCAUAACCUGGAUCUACGGGGCGAAGAACAUCUACACUGACCUGGAGUUCUCCAUUGGCCGGCCCAUCUUUCGGGUGUGGAUGUGGCUGUGGGUGACAUGUCCAGCCGUUCUCACGGGCAUCCUGGUGUGGUGGUGUGCCGAUGAUGACCAGUAUGACCUACUGGCCGAGUACCUUCCACGCUGGGCACCCAUCCUGUUCGUGCUGGCAGUGAUUUUGAUCAUAGCCUGCGUGCAGAUCUUCCGUCAGGUGGAGUACAACUUCUUCGGCAUGAUCUGCGAGGCCUCCAAACCAGCGAAGGAGUGGGGUCCAGCUGAUCCACUGGCUCGUCACUCCUGGAAGCAGUGGCGCUCGGUGUGUCAGGACACGGGUCGCCGGGACUUUACCCUGCGUCGGCGUGGCACCCGGGACUACACGCACUCGAUCAAGAAGGGUCAGUACUCGAGUGCUCCAAAGUAUGGAGUCCAAAAUGGAGUCAGUGGUGGUCAAACCCAAACCCAGAUGCACCAGCAGCACUGGAAGUCCUCUACGCCGGGCAACAGCUCACCCAACUACAGCGGCUCCAUGUUCGGGGACUCGGCCAUCGAGGAGGACAUCAGUGUGGACAAGUUCCCAGGCAUCACGCAGCAGCAGUACGUGCCCUUCCAGGCGAGUGGCGACACCAAAUCCAGCAGCAGGUAUUCCCAGCGAAUGCGACAGACUGCCCAGCCUCAGACACAGAUUCGACCACCGCCCAGGGAGUCGGUGGAGAAGCACCGUGAGGUGGUCUACAUACGUCGUCUGUCCGAUGGAGGCAGUGGAAAUGGUGGGCAUGCCACCAGGAUAGAGAUUUCGCCCUCCAACGAAUCGAUUACCUAUGGGAAUGGUAAGAGCAGUCACAUUCCAUCGGCGGCCAUGUCCCGCAAUCCGCUAGGACGUUCCACGGGUUGCUUGGCGGCUCCUGUCCAGCCACCGCCACCCAGUGUCCAUGUGAAGAGAUCGGCCAGCUCUGUGGUCAAUGUCAACUCGCACAAACUGCCACCUGGAGGAGCUGGUGACCACAUCUGCUGGCGCAAGUUCAACGUCAAUCCGCAGGAGUACUCCACGGAACUGUGAGACUGGCCGGAAACCCAGAGGAGGAAACGAAGCAUUCACAUUCAAAAAGACUUGUUGCAUCCAAAACAAACGUAUCUGUAUCUGUAAUCCGUAUUCACUUAGUUGUAAGCCACGAGUAAUGAAGCAUGUCCAUACGGAAAGUGUAUCUUCUAGUUGCGAGCUGUACAUAGAGCAUCCCUAGAUAUAGUUAUACGAUCUAGUUCCUUAGCUUAAGUCGAUGAAAUUCCGUUGUCAUUGUUCUUCAUCAUCUGGAGGCCAGGAGGAGAAACCAACCAUGAAUUGUAGCAAUUGAAUUAACCGUAGCCCUAAGUUAGUCCUUAGACCGAUGACCCGCUAUCCUAUCCAUUGUAAAGUUACACUGAAACACAACGAUUUCGAAAACGAUCUUAUGUAAUAAAUAGUUGGAUUAGUAAAUUAUGA